AUGUACACCUGGUCAGCACCUGCUUCUGCGGAUAAGGCCGUGAGGGGGCACGCAGCAGCAGCAGCAGCAGCACGUGCUGCAGCAGCAGCAGCAGCAACAGCAGCAGCAGCAGCGCUUACAAUAGCAGCAGCAGCAGCAUCAAUAACAGAAGCAGCAGCGACAGUAAUAGCACUGACGGCAGCAGCAGCACUGGCUCUAAGGGCAGCGGCACUGACUGUAAAAGCAGCAGCAGCAGCAGCAGCAGCAACAGCAACAGCAGCAGCAGCAUCAGCAGCAGCAACGCCAGUAAUAGCAGCACCACCACUACAACCACUGCCACCAAAAGCAACAACAGCAGCAGCAGCAGCAGCAGCAGCAACAGCAGCAGCAGCAGCAACACGACAACAACAACGGCAGCAGCAGCAGCAGCAACGGAAGCAGCACCAACAGCAGCACCAACAGCAGCCGCAGCAGCAGCAGUGA